GCCAGGCGAGCAUACGCCGGCCGGUAUUGGGAUUCGGGAGGGCAGCCGCAGCGGCGGCAGCAGCAGCGUGGUGAGGCGCGGCCCUCGGAGGGUAACCGGGGAGGGGACCCCAGGUGGAGACCCGGGAGCUGGCGGAGGUCACUGGGGACAGGUAGACGGGCAGAGGCUCGGGGUGGACUGAAGGUGCCUGGGGCUGGAGUGGGGCAGAGGCCUUGUGUGGAGUACGAGGGCCUAGUGCUGGAGUAGGGCGAGGGCCCCGUGCGGGUCUGGGCGGGGGGAAGGCAGCCUGGUGGUACCCCUGGUGGUACCGUGGGGUGCUAGGUCCUGUCACAGGCCCACCCGUGGCAGAGCCGCCCCCCGUGGGUGGCCGCACGGGUGCUCCGCGCCUCCCUGCUGCGGUGUCGGCGGUCAGGUCAGUGAUGUGCCCCACGGCCACCCGACCUCGCCUGAGGUGAAGGUCACGGAAACCUCCUGCGAUGGACGGAUUGCUUCACUUCGCGAGAGACUCUUUGUCUUCACAGCCACCAUGUCAUCCGGCCAGGAAUCCGUUUUCCCUGAGUAUGAGACUGAAACCAGCCAGACAUCGAAGCUAUUAAGAAAAUUUAAAGAGACGCCAUUUGUACCAAUUGGGAUGGCUGGCUUUGCCGUGGUGGUUGGCUAUGGGCUGUACAGAUUGAAGCACAGAGGUGACAUGAAAAUGUCCCUUCACCUGAUCCACAUGCGCGUGGCAGCCCAGGGCUUCGUCGUGGGAGCGCUCACGUGUGGUGUGCUGUAUUCGAUGUUUCGGGAGCAUGUGAUGAAGCCCAAGGAGUAGCAGAAAGCUGACUGAAAUCUCUGUCCUGGUGGUGGCCUGUGUACUGCAGCUACAAACCUCAUAUCAAGGGGUUCUUGAGGAAAAACAAAACAAAACACGGUAUUAGAGAAUUGCCCUGUAUAUAUUUGGUGUACAGCACACUGUCUUGAAGCUGGCAGCCUAAAUGAUUGUGCACUGGGGUAGCGGGUAUCAGGGUCUGCUUCUUUGAUUGACAUUAUCAUAUCCCAGCUUUUAGGGGAUAUAGUAGAGGACAAUGCCUUUAUCUUCUCAACUAUCAACUCUUUCCUAAAAUUGGUGGCUUCUUUUGCUGCCAUUGCCCAAAACCAGAGUCUGAACUAGCUUCUAUGAGGCCUUGGGCAGAAUGUGGAGGCCAGGCCUGUAAGACAGUGUCGUGAAUGCUUCGCUGCCAUUUUCUAUCCUAUGUUAUCUGUCAGCCUCCAACUUUGUAAUUUAGCAGCUUCUAGUAGCACUAAAUGAUUUCUAAAAUAUUAAGAUAUAAACAUCUAUUUUUUUUUAUUUAAGGCAUAAGUAUUUGGUAUGUUGCAGCUAUUUAAAUGUUAUAUUUAUUCAUUGUUAAUGAAGACACAGGCUCCCUAUUUUUACUAUAGAUUUUCAGACUCUUGAAUUACCGUAUUUUGUAACUUUAUUUACAGUGUUCUUCUGAAUAACAUUUAAAUGUAACAUUUAAAAUAGAUAUUGUGGAAAUUAAACCUUUGUUUGGUGUUCUAAUGCUUUCAGCUAAAGUAUAUGAUCUAGCUCUGAUUUCUGUGGUAUCACUCCCCAUGGAAAUUUUUAACCAUUUAAAUCUGAAAAGCCCCCAUAAUCUUUGAGGUGUUAAACCCCUUCCCUUGUCAGUUGCUACUGUUAUUUUACACUCGGACCCCUUGUAUCUCCAACAGCAGUCACAAAAAUAAAUGUGUUGAGAAAGCCAAUUUGUAAAAACCUCAUUUUCUCCUCUUAGCUUACAUUCCAUGGUGACAGUAUGAUGUCUCUGUAGCAAAUUCCACAAGGUCUAUACUGCACCUCUGUCUGUGACAUAUUGUACAGCCCAGUGGGAGAUAAAACGUGAAUAAAUGUAUGAGCACUCGAGAUAA